CAGUCCAAAAUAAACUGAGCAAAACUCAUAAACAUCGUCUUUUCCUAUUUCUCACAUUCGCCAGUUUUCUACGUUUCUUCCCCAGUGUAUCUAAGCCAUAAAUUGAACCUCUAAUAACAUAAACGUUUGACUUGCUUCAUUAUCGUCUCCACCUCUCUCCUUAACUGCGAAAAUUAAUCAUAGUAUUCUAACCUCCUGCUUUGUUUGAUUGCUUCCAUGUCAGUAUAUUGGAUUCUUCUUUUUCCCUGGAAAAUUGAAGGUGCUUCCUCUUUUUUCCCUCUCUCUUACUUCUUAAUUGUUUUCAUAACUAAAUUGGAUAUGCGAUUCGAUCUAAUUUAGGGUUUUAGUAUCAAUAUUAUCCCAAUUUCGUUCAUAUCACAAAACUGUUUCUGGGUUCUAAAAAGAAAAGCUCUCAAUAUCUUAUUUUUCUCUGCCACAUAAACACCUAGAAAUAACCAGAGAGAGAGAGAGAGAGCGAGAGAGAGCUAAAGGGGUUUCGAGUGAAGAUGAAGGAGAUGCAGGCAAUAGAGACGUCACAGCCGACGUUGGCUCCUCCGGCGAAGCACAGCCGACAGCUAGGAGCUCAGCUGUCGGGAAGCAUGAGUUUCAGCAGCCAAAUGUCGAAUGAAGACGAGGAGAUGUCGAGGACGACUUUGUCUGCUAUCAGGGCGAAAGAAGAGGAGAUCGAGAAGAAUAAGAUGGAGAUUAGGGAAAGGGUUCAAGCUCAGCUUGGUCGUGUCGAAGAGGAGACUAAGCGACUCGCUUUGAUCCGUGAGGUUAUUAGUUACUCUUCACCAACUUCUGCUGGAGCUGAGUGUAUUGAUUCCGACUGUUUUUGGGUUGAGCAAAGGAUUCACCGUGCUGGGCCGAGGGAGAAGAUAUACUUCAGACCGGAACAAGUGAAGGCUGCCAUCAUCACUUGUGGUGGGCUUUGUCCUGGUCUCAAUGAUGUCAUUAGACAUAUUGUAAUCACUCUUGAGAUUUAUGGUGUUAAGAACAUUGUUGGGAUUUCUUUUGGUUACAAAGGCUUCUCUGAUAAAGAUCUAACUGAAAUGCCGUUAUCAAGGAAAGUGGUACAGAACAUUCAUCUAUCUGGAGGAAGCUUGCUUGGAGUUUCACGUGGAGGUCCCAGUGUGAGCGAGAUUGUUGACAGCAUGGAGGAGAGAGGAAUCAACAUGCUUUUUGUGCUUGGUGGAAAUGGAACUCAUGCUGGCGCCAACGCUAUACACAAUGAGUGCCGCAAAAGAAAGAUGAAGGUAGCUGUAGUUGGUGUGCCCAAAACCAUUGACAAUGAUAUAUUGCACAUGGAUAAGACAUUUGGGUUUGAUACUGCUGUUGAAGAAGCACAACGAGCUAUAAACUCUGCCUACAUUGAGGCACAUAGUGCUUAUCAUGGCAUCGGCAUAGUAAAACUGAUGGGUCGUAACAGUGGUUUCAUUGCCAUGCAAGCCUCUUUAGCCAGCGGACAAGUCGACAUCUGUUUGAUUCCUGAGGUUCCUUUCAAUAUUCAUGGACCUAAUGGUGUACUGAAGCACAUGAAGUACCUCAUCGAAACAAAAGGCUCCGCUGUGAUCUGUGUAGCAGAAGGAGCUGGACAGAAUCUCCUCGAGAAAACUAAUGCAAAAGAUGCAUCUGGAAACACGAUACUUGGUGAUUUCGGUGUCCACAUUCGACAAGAGGAUGUGAAGAGAGCAGUUGUUCCGGCCAUCCUUGACGUGGGAGGAAUGGAUACGCCAAUCCCUAAUGAGCUAUUGGAUUCAGUCGACGUCUUAAGCUCGAAUGAAACUGAGCUCAGUCUCUUGACCGGAAAGCAUACUGAAACUUUUGAACAGUUUAGCCAGGCUGUUGCCAUAAGUUGGUAUAUAAUUCUUCUUUUGCACAUUACCAGUACUGAAACUCCCAGAUUUUGGUUACUGGCUUUGUGGUUUUAGGCUAUCAGUCUGAAGAAAUUGUAAUUAGGGAUGUGUAUAUUAUUAACGAAAACCACAUGUGUUGUCGUCAUCACUCAACAUUCGUUGAGCAUCUCUCGGAAACUAUCUAAUCCCUCCCCGCCGUUUUGAGUCAGAAGUAAAAGUGUUUGUGCUCUCCCAAGUCACAGCCACUGCAGUUUUCACCGCCUGAUUAGAAAACGAGAAGGUCGCCCCAGCUUCGUCAAACAAGUGUGGUAAGUAUCCCUUUUAGUGCCAUGUUCAAAGGUCGCCCCAGUUAUUGAUCGUUCUACCGCGCGGAAAAGUACGUUGAUUUUGUCAAACAAGUGUGGUAAGUAUCCCUUUUAGUUUUAUUUGUAUUUGCAUAGAUAAGAUCACAAGAAUAAGUAAAUUAAAAAGGAUGUUUCAGGUAAGCAUGUCAAUGUGAGCAAAGGUAGUUUCAUGAGGUUUAGCAGCACAUGAGUGUAACAUGUUAUUCCUCUCCCUCCAUAGGAAACAAUAAUGUUCUUAGAGCGAUCCAGUUUCUUUCAAAUUUGAUUAGAUAACAUUAUUGUGUUGAAAAAAAGAAAGUUAACAGUAUUUUAUCAUAUUAUAAAUGAUAUAGUUAAUUCCAUAA